AAGUAAUAGAAAGGUAGUACACUAGACUAACGCACCCUGCCCAAAAUAAACUAAAUAUUUUAUUCUCUGCCUUUUUUUCAGCAAAUAUAAAAUUUUUGGCAGCUAUUUGUAACCCUCAGCAAAACAUUUAUCUUUUAUAUCCAAAAUGAAGGUCUUCUUGAUUCGUCACGGCCAGACAGAACAAAACAAAGUCGGGAUUUUGCAAGGAUCUGUGGAUACAAGUUUGAGUGAAACCGGUCAACUCCAAGCAAAGUUGCUGGGCUCCAGACUUUCAUCGCUGAACAUUGAUCAAAUUUUCUGCAGCUCGAUGAAGCGAUGCCGCGAGACCAUCAAACCUUUACUUGAAUUACGACCCGAGAUUCCUAUCGAAUAUUCGGAUUUAAUUAGAGAGAGAAUCUAUGGUGAAUUAGAAGGGAUGAAUGUGGUUGAAGCAAAACGCCUUAUGGGUACCAAACAUCCUGAUUACUAUGGAGAAGGUUUUACAAGCUUAAAGCAAAGACUCGUAAAGUUUUGGGAGGAAAAAGUCGUUCCUUUACGCGAAGAGAAAAAAUGCGUCGUUGUUUUGUGCCAUGGAGGUGUAAUCAAUGCUCUUCGCGCUCAUUUUAUGGAAGAAAAGGGAUAUACAUAUGAUCAUACUAAACUAGAGAAGAAAAUUCUUACAGUCAACACCAGCAUCACAGAAAUUGAGGUUACUCCUGAAGGUACAGGACACAUCUAUACAUUUGGAGACGCAGCCCAUUUAGAAUCGGAAGAACAUGGCCGUCUCAUUGUCUAAAAAAAUACCAUCAAGAGUACUUCUCGUCAUAAUUACUCGGACUUUUAUUUACUAAGGAAAAAAUUCGAUACUAUAGUCAAUUCAUUUUGUCUAAAAAAUUAAUGUUCGUAAUCGUAUAUAAGGCAAGAAUCCAUGAAAUAUCGGAGUUGGAUG